AUGGCGGCGAGGAACGCAUUGCUCAAGUACCUGAGGGUGAAUGUUCAUUCUGUGCCACUUCAAAACCCUGGAGCCGGCCUCGGUGGGGCGCUGUCGCGGCUCAUCAGCAGCCGCCACUUAUGUGCGGAGGUGAAGGGCUCUUUCCUUGACAAGUCUGAGGUCAUGGAUCGUGUCCUCAAUUGCGUGAAAAAUUUCCAGAAAGUCGAUCCCUCUAAGGCUGCCAAAGAAGCCAGAUACGACAAAGAAGCGGUGAUGAAAUUUUUUCGAAUGCUGAUCAGGCGGAGAUACUUCUCAGAUGAAUUGCCUGGUGCUAGCCCGUGGUCGACAAAGGUACAUAGGCCACUGUCACAAUCUCCUGAAAUUUCGAGUGAUGAGGACCAGAUGUAUAAGAGUUCAAGGAAGGUCCACACGUCCAGCUCCUCGUCCAGCAGCAACACGCAACCCAUCCCCUCAACCAGCGAAUCAUGCUCCUCCACCAGCUCCUGUUCAAGGGAACACAGGAUUUGUCCUAUGGUCUUUCAAAUGAAAUGA